GUGGCGAUGCUACUAACCGGAAGUGGUGCAACCAACCAGCGUGGAAGGAGGCGGGUGGAUUUGCAACCAGCGAGAAGGGCCGCGUCGGUCUGUUGGAGAGCGCGCAGGGGGCUUAAAAAUUCGACCCAAGAGAGAGUCAGCUGUCUGCAUAUUCAGGUUUAGAAUUUUCCGCUUACCGUACUUUAAGGAUUUCCAACAGGUGAGUUGACCAAUGGCAGGGGACAGUACCAUGCAUUUGGCCACAGAGCGGUAUGGCUCCUGGGAGAGCUGGCAAUAUAUGGAAAAGGCUGGAUUGGUUCAGAGGAAGCGAAAUGAUGAGAAGAGAAGGUCAUGGUCAUUUAUUGAUGCCUUCACUAGUGUUUUCUUGCCCCAAGGCUACCCAGAGAGUGUCAGUGAGGACUAUUUAAGUUAUCAGCUGUGGGACACCGUGCAGGCCUUUGCCAGCAGCAUCACUGGCACCCUAGCCACGCAGGCCACAUUGCGUGGUGUUGGUGUUGGAAACAAGGAGGCUACCAUUACCGGGGCAACGAUUACAUGGAUCUUGAGGGAUGGGACUGGGAUGCUGGGAAGGAUUCUGUUUGCUUGGAAAAAAGGGACCAAGCUGGACUGUGAUGCCAAGAAGUGGAGGCUCUUUGCAGACGUCCUUAAUGACAUUGCCAUAUUCAUGGAGAUCGUAGCCCCAGCCUUCCCAGCAUGUUUCACCCUUAUCGUUUGCACAGCUGGAAUUUUUAAGUCUUUAGUGGGUGUAGCAGGAGGUGCCACAAGAGCUGCCCUCACGGUCCACCAGGCAAGGAGAGACAAUAUGGCAGAUGUUUCUGCAAAGGAUGGAAGCCAGGAGACUCUAGUUAAUCUGGCUGGUCUGCUUAUUAGCCUUCUCAUCAUUCCUCUUGUGGCUGACAACAUAAUAUUGACCUUUGUCCUCUACUUUUUCUUCACUGGCCUCCAUCUUUUCUCAAACUAUAAAGCGGUGUGUUCUGUGGUCAUGGAAACCCUCAACCAGGCCCGUCUCUCUAUCCUGACCUACCACUACUUGAAGGAAGGGUCUGUUCUUACACCCGUGGAAGCCAAUCAAAGGGAACCUGUGCUACCAAGUUUCAGAAGGAGGCUCGAGAUCCAGUUGGGAACCAAGCUUGGAAAUGUGGUGAGCAGCUUAUCUGACUUUGAAAAGGCACUGCAGGAUAACGGGAAGAAAUACAUCAUUGGGGUGGACAAGAGAAAAGGCAGAGUGCUGGUUUGCCUGAGUUCAGGUGCAGGGUCACUUGAUGAACUGCAGGCAGGAUUCCAUGCCUACGUUCUGUCGUUCUUCCUAGAACUGCAGGCCUCAGGCCCUGGACCAUACAAGGCAGCAAUUCAGAGGUGCAGAGACAUCGCUGUCUCAGCUGCCACUAAUGAUCAGCAUUGGAGACUGGUGACAGAGACACACAGAUUGGUUGACGUAGCCUUCCCCCAUUUCCAAGCCGCUCUGCAGAAGGCUGGCUGGCGCACUGACCACACGUUACUGGACUUUGAUGAGUGGCGAGUUGACUGGGCAGAAGGAAACCUCCAAAAGAAAGCCUUAUAAAAGUGCCAGAUGUAGAUAAAUGUAGAAAUUUGAAGGUCUUGCUCCUGUGCUGGCUUAGACUAGCUGCUACUCAAUUCACCUGAUUUUUUUUUUUUUUUUUUUUUAAUUAAAAGUUUAUUUUUUU